AAUGGCAAGUGAACGGUGGACGAAUGAUUUCGCAUACGCGAUGACUCCAUUCAAGUUGAUUACGUGGCCUAUAGGCGUAUGGCCACUUCAAGUUUAUGACAUUUAUUCGUUAUUGCGUUGUAUCUUAGGCACUUUUUGUGCGAGUUUAGUUGUGAUCUUGCCUUCCAUGGAGAUAUAUAUGGGCUGUACUGAUGUAGAACAAAACAUAGACUGUUUGAUGAUAAUUUGUUGCGGAUUUCUCGGUGCGCUGAAGAUCACAUGGUUCCGCAUUUAUGCAAAUAGUUUAAUUAUCAAUUACAAUUCUGCUCUAAACGAUUAUCUUACGAUUGACAACACUAAGGACCGGGACAUUAUGCGAAAACAUGCUUUUGUAGGAAGGAUUCUUUGCUCUUCCUUACUGAUUCUUACUUAUUGUUGUUGUCUAAUAUAUGGGAUAAUUCCGAUUUUGAAUUACGAUAUAAGUAAUCGGAUUAAUAUAACAAACGAAGAUAUGAUACUAGAAUACGCUUUACCAUCAAGAUGUGCUCUGAAAUAUUUUAAUUUUCCAUCGAGCAUGUAUAAAAUCUUUUGUCUGAUCGAAACUGUUGUAAUGAUAUUGGCGUCUACAACUAAUCUUGGUAACGAUGCGUUGUUUCUCAACAUUACAUUACAUAUUUGUGGCCAAGUAAACAUCCUGAGGAUCCGCUUCAUUAACUUCGAUGUUAUAAGUCCGCGAAUCUACGAUCGUUUCAAUGUGCUAGUUGAAAGACACCGUUACCUGAUAACGCUGGCCAGGGAACUUGCCAAUUUAAUAAGUUUCGUAUUGCUGAUAGAACUAUUCAUUAUUAGCAUAUUAUUAUGCAUAAUGGGAUUUCAAUUUAUUUACGCGUUGAAAAUCAAUAAUACUGUUAUGAUGGGAAAAAGUUUGGUGGUACAAAUGUUAUUCCUAACACAACUAACACUGUAUAGUUUUAUCGGGAAUUAUCUGAAAUCUCAAAUGGAAGAGAUAGGCCUCUCUAUUUAUCAAAGUGCUUGGUACAGUUUCCCUAAAAAAUUAGCAAGAAACGUAAUCUUCAUUCUUUUGCAGACAAAAUAUCCAGUCGCCUUGCAAGCUGGAAAUUUCAUCAUUGUCAAUUUGUCAACUUACGUGAGCAUUUUAAAAAGCUCUUUUUCAUACUUGUCUGUACUUCGUAUAAUUGUCGGAGUAUGAAAAGUAAGCUACAAAUAAAAGAAAUAUAU